AUGCAAUCUAAUGUUGCCACGAGGGCACUACUCGCAUGCAAUCAAUCAGGAGCUAUUGGCCAGGUUCAAAAGAGCAUUGAAAGGCUCAACAUGACAGCAUGGAUAGGCAGGUUUCUGAGAAGCAUCAUCUGCCGAUGGUCGGUUGCAUCGAAAAAUAGAAACCAUAAAGGAGCAAAAAAUAGAGUGGGGAAUCCUCCAAGGCGACAGUUUUUAUCCGCUGUUGUUUGUACAUGGAUCCGUUGGGCCGUGGACUUAGUAUGA